UAUAUUUAUAUUAAUUUGAGAAAAGCGCUGCAAGACAAUUUAAAGUUUUAUAAAUCUGCUAAUGGUGUCAUACUGAGUUCUGGAGAUUCAGAUGGUUUUAUUAAGCCCAAAUAUUUUCUAAAAGUUGUUAAUGCCAAAACAGGACACACAAUCUAAAAGACGAAAUGGAUUUAAUCGGGCCUCUAUUUUGUCAAGUGUGUAAUGUGGCUAUACCUCAUGAAAGCGCACGUGAUAACCACAACCAAGGCAAACGACAUCAGCUAGCUCUUCAUGCGGCACUCACGGAGGACAACGAUUAUAAAUCUUCAGUAUUUUCAGUAGGAUGGCCCAAUGCAGUUAAAAAGGAAGAAAUUCAUCAGUUUAUGGAAAUUUUUGGCAGUGUCAAAUCACAUUACAUGCCAUCGAAGGGCAUGUGGAUGAUUACUAAAUACGACGAUGCGGGUGUAGCACAAGACUUAAUUAAACGAGGCAGGGCGAAGUUCAAGGGGAAAUGGAUUAAGUUUUCAGCUAAAAAACGUACUGAAGUUCAACCUCAACCACCUCCACAAGAAGAAUACGCCUAUGAAAACAUCUUAAAAAUAAUUUUUAACCAGAGAUCAUUCGGUGAUGAAAUCCUAACACUUUGCUCUCAUUUACAACCAAAUACAGAGCUGGAAAUCAAGAAGUACCUCCACUUGUGCGCAGACCUUGAGAAAACCAUGCAACAAUUAUACCCAAACUCAAAAGUGCAUCCAUUUGGCAGCACUAUAACUGGUCUAGCUUUUCCUGACUCGGAUAUUGACGCUUACAUUGGCGUCCCGAAUCCGCCACGUCAAGCCAAGAAAAUAUUCUACGUGGAGGCGAUUACUAAAAGUCGUGAUGUACUUAAUCACAGCCCACUUUUUACAAAUAUUGUUUGCAUCCCACGGGCGAACACUCCUAUUGUGAAAUGCGUGCAUGUACCGACUGGUUUAAAAUGCGAUUUUAAUUUUAAAAACAUGCUGGGUGUCUGCAACUCAUAUCUAAUACAGUUCAUCGUACGUCUGGAUAACAAACUCAAGUUGUGUUUGUUGGUAUUAAAAUUCUGGACAAAACUACGCAUGGUUGGUGGGACAAACACUCGACUUACAAACUACGCUUUGACAAUCAUGUUUAUUUACUACCUGCAACAAGCACCUUAUAAUCUACCAUCAAUUCGUAAGUUACAAGAAAAUCCUAUGGUGAGGAAUAUACAGUAUGGGUGGAAUGGUGGUUUUGAUGGUAUGUACUCCAUUGAUCUAGCCUCAAUCAGGAAUGCCUCACUCUACGAGUUAUUGAAAGGAUUUUUUGUGUUUUACUUGACUUACAACUACGACGAGUUUGUUAUCUGUCCAUAUUUGGGUGAAAACGUACAAAAGACUGUGUUUCAAUCAUUAGACACGCUUCCUGCACAGUUUGAAUUGUAUCGGACAAGUUUUCGUGAUGAACACUUGAAAGUGGAUUCCUUGAUGUGCGUACAAGAUCCAUUCGAACACAAUCGCAAUUUGGUUGGGACGCUUGGAAAGAAAUUCGUGGAUGAAUAUUUAAACGAGUUGAAACGAGCCGUUGAUAUUCUCGAAGCACAAGCACCACAUUUAUUGUACAAUAUUUGCAUUGAUAGUUUUGAUAACAUUUCACAGUAUCAGAUGCGUGCGAAGAUGCCGAAAGUUAAAAAUAUUAAGUUUUUGUUGACGCCAGGGGUCACAGAAAUGUGUUAUGAGUUAAAACUCGCAUGGUUUCAAUUCGUUGAUAGUUUCUUGGUGGAUGUAUUGACGGACGUGUACAAUUUUACGAUUAAUGUACAAAAAGACGAUGAUUCACACGAUAAUCCAAAGAAAAUGAAGAUGAAACCUGAUCUGUUGGCGGAUCUUUAUGAUCCACUACAUAUAUCAGUAAGUGGAUUGUACAAUUUGUGGGAUGCAAGGAAUAUUUUUAGGGAUGUACAAACAAUGAAGAAAGAUGCUACUUUUCUGGAACAUCAAAUCGAAAUAUCCAAAUAUAUUCAGUCUCAUUUGCUGAAGGAUGUCACGCCAAAGAAACCAAUCGUUAAUUUUAAUAUUACAGUGAAUCAUUAUAUAAUUGACACACGUGUAAUGAUUAUAUUAGAUACUGUGGAUAAAGAGCAGGGCAACGAUCAUUACGGGGCGUUUGCCACUUUGUUUUCGAAAAUGUUUAUCAAUUGGUUGCGAAUUUAUACCAAUGAGAAGAACGGCGAUAAUAAUGAGCCAGAAAAAAGCAACAUGGCAAUCAAAAAACAAACACUGUUGUGCUUUAUGAUCACCAUGGAAGAGACUAAAGAAAGUGAAUCUACAAUUAAAACAGAAGAAAGCAAUGUGGAUGAGGCACUUGAGAAUACAUCAACACAUGCAGUUGUUAAAGAAGAAAGUGCCAUAAAUUCAGAAGAGACUAAAAGUGACUGCUCUAAAUCUGUGGAUUAUUCAACACUUCUGGAUGCUGAAGAUUUUUUUGACGAUUUCAACAAUAAGGAUUUCCUAGCUGGACUUGAUGUGGUUGAUGCAUGGGAAGACAAUGAAAUUGAAUUGAAUACACAAAACGAAAAAGCAUGCACAGACACUGAAACUGUGGAGAAAGAACAAACAGAGCCUGAAAAUAUAACAACUGAUGCUGGUGAUUCAAAAAAAGAUGAACCUGCUGAUAGUAAAAUAGAUAAGUUGAAAAAGUAUUCAAUUCCUAAGAGGAAAUCGAAAUCUCGGUCUCUGGAAGGUAAACCAAGAGAGCGGAAUAAAACACGUAAGUAUGAUACCGAUAGUCGGCGUGAUCCUGAAAAGGUAAACCGUGAUAUACAGCGAGAUAAAGCAAAAUGCGAGAAGGAACGCAUCACGGAAAAACUCCGCAUUCUUGAGACAGGAUUAGUGCCACCAGGAACCGAAAUGGAUGAACCUGCUGCUACUCAUGAUGUAAGACAAUCAUCGCGUUCAACAAAACAUAAUUAUUCGCGGAGCCCAUCACCGUCCCACCGGAAACGUCGCUACAGCCGGAGUCGCUCACCACCUGUACAGACGGUUCAUCCUCGCAAGCGCUAUUCACCACCAUAUCGCCGUCGGUCCCGCACACGUUCACCUAUCCCCCAAUCAUUAUAUGAAUCUCGGUAUGACAAUCGUCGAAAACGGCCACGAUCUCGCAGUCACAGUCCAGAUCGAGCUCGACAUCGUUCUCGCUCCUUGAAUCGUUAUCAGAAGUCAUCAGCGGAGCGACACUCGUCCAAACACAGUUAUGAUCGAUCCCCCGAUAGAAAGCUAUCUUUUCUUGAAGAACUAGAUCGCAAACUAUCGCGAAUGGACCAUGAUCAUAUGAAUAAUAUUACAGCGCAGAGUAAUGGUGGUUCACACAUUAGCUAUAAUCAAUACAGUAAUAACAUGGGAAUUAUGCCGAUGCCGUUUAUGAUGCCACCGAUGGGCCAUACGCAAUACGCCGGUGCAUCAUACGAUCAAUCGUUUUUAUUGGUAAUGCACGUAGUGGAUCCAAAUCCAUAUGGUGUCGGAUACCCACAGGGUUAUGCAUCAUAUGAGCAGAUGUAUACACCGGCGCAGAAUUUUCCAGUUGAGACGAACGAUGAGGCCAAUAAGAAGCUUUUCAACGAUGACAAUAUAUCACUCACGGAAUAUCUUAAACUAACGCAAAGAUCUGACAAUGCACAACAAAUCAACCCAGCACACAAAGAUAAAGUGUUAAAACGUAGUCAAGACGCGUUGACGCUAAUACCAAAAUUGCAGCGGCCGGACGGUCGUUUCUUCAUCUGCGUAAACCGCCUUCAAAAGACUGAUUCAACUCAAUCACCGAGUACAUCGGGAUGUGGAAGUCCAAAGCUUGGUUCUUGUGUAGAGUUCAGUUUCACAUCAAAACUAAACACUAAAAAGCAGCCCACAUCUCUCAGCAGGUUAUUGGCGCGGCUGGAUGUAAAGGAAAAGCCUAUUACUCUUCCAACAGACGACGAUUUGCAGCAGAAGACUUUUGAAGAUGCGGCAGCACAAACCUCUGACUAUGUGUGUGAAGAGUGUACAAAGUUUAAGGAAAUUCAACGCAUUGACGUCGCCGUGCAAUGCACGCCAGAUACUCAAGAGUUUGGCGCCAACGUUACCGAGGAUGAUUUUCUGGCGACUGCACGAAGCGCCCUGAAAAAUCUAAUCAAACAACAAUCUUUCGCGUCGCUUACCCCGGCGCAGAUACUAGCGCAAUUGGGCGAGAAUAAGGACGAGAAGGAGGAGCGACGUCCACAGCAACCUCAGAUGCAAGAAUUUGAACGACGGGAGAAGCGGGAGAGCAAUUGCAGUGGUGAUUUUGAGCGAAGGAGUGAUUGGCACCAGCGGCAGUUAUCACAAAACCACCAAAUUCAGCAAGGUGGAUAUCCCAGUUGGUCGCAACCCAAUCCGCAAAUUGGAUAUAACCAACAGAUGGGACCGGGAGCUGUACCACCAAGAAUGGGCGUUGGUAAUAUGACCUUCCAGCAAGGACAUCGAGCUAUGCGUCCUGGGUUUUUCCCGCCACGUCCACUUAUGAAUCCAAAUCAACCGCCCAGAUUUGGUCCUAAUACGAUGCAUAAUUAUCCAGUGAGGAGAUCUUUUUAAGAGCUUUGCUAUCAAUAUUCUGUUAAAAGUAAACUUUAUAUUAUUCAACCGUUUUGUUAUGAUUGAUUUUUAUAUCUAUACAAAACUUUUAAAAUAAAAGAAAUCCUUAUAUCUUUA